AUGGGGCAUCCGAAUCAUGAAGACAGAGUGUUCCUCUUCUUCACUUCUGCUUCUUCUUCACCCGAAAUCGCCGGCCGUACAUUCUCUCACUCUCUUCUCUAGGGUUUCGCUUUGCUUCUCAUUGCUUUCCUGCUGUUUCUUCUCCGCCAAGUUGUACGGAAGUCGCGCUAUCUAACCUACUGGAGACGUACUGCGCAGUAUAUGUAUAUUUGCUGUACCACUCGUGCUGGGUGAAAUAUAUCAUACAUUAUUGUUGGAAAAAAAAUGAGCAUUGGGAAGUGUGGUUAAGGACUUAGCAUAGUAAUUGCAUGAUAUAAUGGAAGCUACUAGGCGUUGGUUUAAUAAGUUCAGAUCCAAAGACAAGCCAAAAUCCUCAACAAAUAAGGAGAGUGCAGGAAAUGCUAGAGAUGCAUCGAAAGCACCAACCAGUGAAGAGUUACCCUCAAAUGUCACCAAGCAGAAGGUUGCAGCUGCCAAGCAGUAUAUAGAAAACCAUUACAAGAAGCAAAUGAAGAGCUUGGAAGAAAGGAGGGAGAGACGCCAUGUACUAGAAAAGAAGUUGGCUGAUGCUGAGGUCUCUCAAGAAGAGCAGAGCAACCUGCUUAAGCAUCUAGAGAAGAAGGAAACGGAGUAUAUGCGCCUUCAGAGGCAUAAAAUGGGUGCUGAUGAUUUUGAGCCUCUAACAAUGAUAGGGAGGGGUGCUUUCGGAGAGGUUAGAGUUUGUCGUGAGAAAGCAACAGGCCAUGUAUAUGCCAUGAAGAAGCUUAAGAAAUCAGAGAUGCUUCGAAGAGGCCAGGUUGAACAUGUGAAAGCUGAAAGGAAUCUAUUGGCGGAGGUUGACAGUAAUUGUAUUGUAAAGCUGUACUGCUCUUUCCAAGAUGAAGAGUAUUUGUAUCUUAUUAUGGAAUACUUACCUGGUGGAGAUAUGAUGACUUUGCUUAUGAGGAAAGAUACUCUAACAGAAGACGAGGCCCGAUUUUAUGUUGGUGAAACAGUUUUAGCUAUUGAGUCAAUCCAUAAACAUAAUUAUAUUCAUAGAGAUAUCAAGCCAGAUAACUUGCUUCUUGACAAGGAUGGCCAUAUGAAAUUAUCAGAUUUUGGAUUAUGUAAACCAUUAGAUUGUAGUAACCUACAAGAAAAGGAUUUUUCCCAGGGAAAUAACCUCAGUGGUGCUCUUCAAAGUGAUGGGCGACCUGUGGCAUCAAAACGCACACAACAGGAACAACUACAACAUUGGCAAAGGAAUAGGCGGAUGCUUGCUUAUUCUACAGUUGGAACUCCUGAUUAUAUUGCUCCGGAAGUUUUGUUGAAGAAAGGAUAUGGAAUGGAAUGUGAUUGGUGGUCACUUGGUGCCAUCAUGUAUGAAAUGCUUGUGGGAUUUCCACCGUUUUACUCAGAUGAGCCAAUGUCAACUUGUAGGAAGAUAGUUAAUUGGAGAACUCAUUUGAAAUUUCCAGAAGAAGCAAAACUCUCUCCAGAAGCGAAGGAUCUAAUUAGUAAACUCUUAUGCAAUGUUGAACAAAGGCUUGGGACCAAGGGUGCAGAUGAAAUAAAGGCACACCCGUGGUUCAAGGGCAUUGAAUGGGACAAGUUGUAUCAAAUGAAAGCUGCAUUUAUUCCUGAGGUCAAUGACGAAUUGGAUACUCAAAACUUUGAGAAGUUUGAAGAGACUGAAAAUGCAAUUCAGACGUCAUCAAAAUCAGGUCCAUGGAGAAAGAUGUUAUCAUCGAAGGACGUCAAUUUUGUGGGUUAUACGUACAAAAACUUGGAAAUCAUUGAUGAUAAUCAGUUGCCUGGAAUAGCUGAAUUGAAGAAGAAGAGCGCAAAAUCUACAAGACCUUCCAUCAAAUCUCUUUUUGCUAACGAAUCUGCAAUGGCGACAAAUCAACCCGUUCAAGGCAGCUUUUUGAAACUCUUGCCUCCCCAACUAGAAGUCCCCGAGAAACCGAUCAGCGCCGGUGAGAAGCAUUCAUGAUUUAGCUUGUCGUCGGAGUUGCUUCCAAAAACCAAUCCUGCUUUUUUGGUGAGACUACCCUUACUUUUUAACUGUUGCUUUGCAUAUUAGGGUAAAUUUUUGGACUGAAAGGGUUUUUAGAGGGAAAAUGGGCUAAUUUGUUGGGAGUGAGUGAGUGAGUGAUUAAAGACAAGCACAGAUUGGCUCUUGGAUCAUCCGUUUCCAUUGGUCACUGUAAAAUAUUGCCAUGGAGGGAGGUAUAGGUUCUUUCCAAACUCCGACUUGUGAGUUCUUUAUUCUUUUCUUUUAUUUAUUUCCAACCCCUCAUGCAAGAUGCAAAGUCUCCUUUGUUCCAUUCUCUAGCAUUACUGUUCUUGUAAUUAACUUACUGUGUUGUUUAUAACUCGUAUCAUUUUACAUAUCGAAAUUUUAGAUUCAUAUUAACACA